GUCAGAACUUUGGUAAUUGGUGCACUACCGGAGUACCGUCUACGACCGACUCCACUGUCGCAGAUUUUUUUUCUUAAUUAUUAAAUUAUCAUUAAUUACAAUAAAAUUAUUAUACUUUGCCCACUUUGGGUCUUAAGAUAGAUAGGACGACUCUAAUGUAAUUUUAUUGGCCGAGAUUAUCAACCAAAAUCGUAGCCAUUUCAUCGAUUUAAAAUCGUCCUUUGUAUCUAUUAUUAAUGUACGUAUCUAAAAUUUAAUUACAAUUAUUAUUGUAAGCACUUCAUUAACAGCAACCAGUCGUAUCGCUCGUUCAUGUACCGUCUGUAUGCGUACUUAAAAUAUCAGUUUUAUGUAAUUCAUGAAUAUAUAUUUACGCAAGUGGGGAAACUUGAACUCAAGAUUUAGCUUCUUUUGAUGAUAACAAUUAUAUGCUCAAGAAAUAAUUUCACCGACUUUCAUGCUUACACAAUUACUAUGAUGUGCAGCAGCAGCAGCUAAUAUUGAUUGGUAACUGUUGAUUUGUGAUAUUUAGUAAAGACAGAUUUUUUUGAAAUGUCUAGCGACAUGUCCUCAAAGGUGGAGGAUGAUUUGCCAUUGGACGCCACAGCGGAUGCAGCAGGUAAAGCAUUUCGUAUGAGCGACGGUGACUGGAUCUGUCCAAAUGCUCAGUGCGCAAACAUAAACUUUGCUCGUCGCACGCAUUGUAACCGAUGUAAUAAGGAACGUGAAGACUUACCGGUCAAGAAAAAAGCUGGUGCAGAAAUCGGUAAGGCAGCUGCCGAAAAGAGUAAAGGGCUGUUCUCGGCUGAUGACUGGCAAUGUAGCAAGUGUGGCAAUGUGAAUUGGGCACGUCGAUCUCAAUGUAAUAUGUGCAAUGCUCCUAAAUUUGCCGAUCCAGAGGAACGAACUGGUUAUGGAGGUGGCUACAAUGACAGAGGAGUUGUUGAGUAUGUCAGACGAGAAGAGUCUGAUGAUGAGUAUGAUGAAUUUGGACGUAAGAAAAAAAAACAAAACGGGGGUAGUGGUUCUAUAAGCGAGGAUUCCAAUAGUCAAAAUGGUAGAGAAGAAGAUAACAAUGAUAGAGGAAGAAAUAAAACGUGGGUGAAACCUGUUUUUGACAAUGAUGACGAUGAAGAAGAAGAUGAUGAUGAUGAUGAUGAUGAAGAUGGAGAUCUUUCGAAAUAUGAUUUAUCUGAAUGGGAUGACUUAGCUGCCCAAGCCAAAAGAGAUAGAUCAAGAUCUAGAUCACCAUUAAAAUAAUUAUGAUUUAAAUAUUUUUUUAUGUUAUGGCUAUUUACAAUGUUGUUGACCAGUCUGCGAUUAAUAUUUUCCAAUAAAUCAACCAUACCACAAAUUAAUUUAGUGAUUAGAUCAUUAUAUUCUGAUAUUUUAUUUAUUUUGAACACUAUCAAUUUUAACUGUUACAUAUUUAUAUUUUACUUCUAUUAAUUGUAUUGUACGCAUAAAAAGCCAAAAUACUAAAACUAUGUCAUUAAAAUAAGUUGUACAGCUUUUGUCAUUUUACAUUUUUCCAAUUUACCUUGUGUGCAUAUAUUAUAAAUAUUAAAUAAUUUAUUUUCUUCGUUUCACAAAAAUUUAAUCUUUAAUAAUUUCACCUAUUUUGUUUUAAUUAAAUUUGUAUUAAACCGUUGCAGUCAGUAUUAAUAUCUCUUUCCAGUUGCACAUAACAUGUUAUAUUGUAUUAACUUUAGACAAAUGUGUUGAAUUCUAUUUAAUUAAAGCAUCAUCUUCCAAGUA